AUGGAGUCCUCCGAGGAUGCUCUGGACCCGUUGUGGGAUGAUCUGGACUGGGCGAUGGGCCAAUGCUUUAUGAUGGGUUGGGAGGGAACGGAGGUCACCCCGCAGAUUCGGACUUUGAUCGAGGAUCAUCACUUAGGGGCCAUAUUACUGACCACUAAGAAUUUGAAAACCGCCCAAGAGACAGCACGGCUCGUCCAAGAACUUCAAACUAUCGCCCAUCAAGCCGGCCACCCAGUGCCCCUACUCAUUGCUCUAGAUCAGGAAAAUGGCGGCGUUAACAGUCUCUUUGACGAGGACUACAUCUGUCAGUUUCCCAGUGCCAUGGGAGUCGCAGCCACAGGUUCUCCGGAUCUCGCAUACGAGGUCGCAAAUGCAACAGCAAAGGAGGUGUCUGCUGUUGGUGUCAACAUGAUCAUGGGCCCAGUUCUUGAUGUCUUGACAAACGCGAGGUAUCAGCCAUUAGGUGUGAGGGCGACGGGAGAUGACCCUCAGGAAGUAUCACAGUAUGGUAUUGCUUCCAUGAAUGGGUACAAGAAUGCCGGGAUUACAACCUGUGGGAAACACUUUCCUUCAUACGGAAACCUUGAUUUCCUGGGGUCAUCCCUGGAUAUGCCGAUUAUUACGGAGACCCUGGAGCAGUUGAGUCUCGGUGCCCUCGUUCCCUUUCGAAAUGCCAUACGAGAGGGAUUGGAUGCAAUAAUGGUGGGUGGAUGUGCUAUAGCUAAUGCAGGUAUGAAUGUCAUGCACGCUUGUUUAAGUGACCAAGUCGUGGACGAACUCUUGAGGAAGGAUUUAGGGUUCAACGGCGUCACUAUUUCCGAGUGUCUCGAGAUGGACGCCUUGAGUCACGACAUUGGUGUUAGAGGCGGAACGGUCAUGGCAGUAGAAGCAGGUUGCGAUCUAGUCCUUCUCUGCCGCUCGUACUCGGUACAGCUAGAAGCUAUCUCCGGUCUCAAACUUGGUGUUGAGAAUGAUAUGAUAUCACGAGAGCGGAUCAAUGUCUCUCUGAAACGGGUGCUUCACUUGAAGUCAAAAUGCACGUCCUGGCAGAAAGCUCUCAAUCCACCAGGGAUUAGUCUACUAUCGACUCUCCACCCAACCCAUCUCGCACUAUCUACCAAGGCGUACGAUAGCUCCAUUACAAUAAUGAGGGAUAAUGGCCAUCUUAUUCCACUCUCAAAUACAUUCCACGCAGAGGAAGAAUUACUGCUUCUUACACCUCUCGUAAAACCAUUACCAGCUUCAGCGACGAAAGCUGUUGCAGAAACAAGGGCAGCGUCAACCGAGCACGACAAAUGGAUUCACAGAUCCUCGAUCAUGAGCGGCGAAAAUGUGUUUCGCGAACUGGGCCGUUUGUUGGCGCGGCAGCGCCGCGGAAAGCUCCUCCAUACCUCAUACACAGCCAAUGGCGUGAGACCUGUCCACGAGAACCUCAUCAACAGAGCAUCAUGCAUCAUUAUAGUUACUGCGGAUGCCAACAGAAACCUCUACCAAAAUGGCUUCACGAAGCAUGUGGCAAUGAUGUGUUCCAUGCUUAGUUCAGGCGGAAAGAAGAAAUCUCUAAUCGUGGUGUCUGUCAGUUCUCCCUAUGAUUUUGCCAUGGACAAAUCGAUCGGAACAUACAUCUGCACUUUUGAUUUCACCGAGACAGCUAUGAGUGCUCUAGUCAGGGCGCUAUUCGGGGAGUUCGUUCCCCAGGGCACCUUACCUGGGACUCUUCGAAAGAGUAGAAAGGUGCAAAAGUCGCGACAGCAUUGGCUAGUUGAAAACUGGAACCGAGAUCGGGAUCAUAGGGGGUUACAAGCACUUAUUAAAACUAUCGAAAAGACUGCUCCACCUAAUCAACAGUCUGGUUUGACAGGAGCAUCGGCGGCUUCAUUCUCACUGCCCUUUUCCUCGCCCGAUGAAGCGUUCGAAGAAUCCCAUUACGUGGUCCGCAACAGCUCAACCCAAGCACUCUUCGGUUUCUGCAGCACGUACUACCACCUCGCCUCGGCGACAGGUAUGAUCGGAUCCAUCUUCGUAGACCCCGCGAAACGCAAUCUCUCUAUCGGGCACUCGCUACACCAACGUGCCCUUCGUGGACUUCUCCAGAAACCAGGCAUUAAAAGUCUCCAACUCGGCUCUGGUCUCCCCUCAAUCUUCCUCGGUAUUCCUAUGAGCGAUCUCUCCGAGGGUGCAAGGCUAAAACGCUGGUUCGCCACCAAUGGAUGGGAUAUAUCUUCCCCGAGACUGCUGUAUACGCUCACGAUUCGGAACCUUAGCAACUGGGCUCCUCCUGAGGGGUUGCUGCAAAGUGUUCAGAGGGUUAGUUUUGGAUUUGAUUUGAUUCAUGGAAUGGAGAACGCGUCCUCGGUCCUGGAACAUGUAUCUACGCACGCGAGUCCCGAGGUCCUGGCGCUCUACAGACUUGCUCUCGCGGAUGCUAAAGCAUGCGGGAUCGUGAGAGCAAAAUCUCCUGUUGACGGCGCCUUGGUUGGGACGGUCAUUAUUAGUCGUUCAUCUACGAUCUUAGAGACUUAUAUGCCCGUUCUCCAUGUGGAGAAUGGGGAGAAUGUAGGAGGUAUCUUGGCACCGGUAGUACCGAGUAGCCCGCAGGCAAGUAUUGUAUUGCAGGGACUUGCAUUAUUGGGUAUUAGACAGAAUAAGGCGCAUAAGAGCGCGACGUGUGUGUUAAAUUGGGUAUCUGGGGACGAGAGAGACGUCCUUCUUGGUAUGGGAUUCGAUGUUCUGGAUGCGUGGGAGGAGUUAAGCUCUGAUUCGGAAAAAUUUAGCGGGGUGAACUUGGGCUAG